AUGGGUCGAGAGGUGCGCAUGCUGCUGCUGCUGUUAGGCCUGCUGCACUGGGUCGGGGGUGGCGAGGGCAGGAAGACCUGGAGGCGCCGCGGCCAGCAGCCGCCCCCGCCGCCGCCCCCGCCACCGCCCCCGCAGCGGGCCGAGGCGGCGCCGGCCGCCGGACAGCCGGUGGAGAGCUUCCCGCUGGACUUCACAGCCGUGGAAGGCAACAUGGACAGCUUUAUGGCGCAGGUCAAGAGCCUGGCGCAGUCCCUCUACCCUUGCUCCGCGCAGCAGCUCAACGAGGAUCUGCGCCUGCACCUCCUGCUCAACACGUCCGUGACCUGCAACGACGGCAGCCCCGCCGGCUACUACCUGAAAGAGUCCAAGGGCAGUCGACGGUGGCUACUGUUUUUGGAAGGCGGCUGGUACUGCUUUAGCCGGGAGAACUGCGAUUCCAGAUACAACUCCAUGCGGCGCCUCAUGAGCUCCAAAGACUGGCCGCGCACUCGCACAGGCAGUGGGAUCCUGUCCUCCCAGCCAGAGGAGAACCCACACUGGUGGAACGCCAACAUGGUUUUCAUUCCUUACUGCUCCAGCGACGUUUGGAGUGGGGCUUCCUCCAAGCCUGAGAAGAAUGAGUAUGCCUUCAUGGGCGCCCUCAUCAUCCAGGAGGUGGUGCGAGAACUCCUGGGCAAAGGGCUGAGUGGGGCCAAAGUGCUGCUGCUGGCUGGGAGCAGUGCUGGAGGUACUGGGGUACUGUUGAAUGUGGACCGAGUGGCCGAGCAGCUGGAGGACCUGGGCUACCCAGCCAUUCAAGUGCGGGGUCUGGUUGACUCAGGCUGGUUCCUGGACAACAAGCAGUACCGUGGCACAGACUGCGUGGACACCAUCACCUGUGCACCCACGGAGGCCAUCCGUCGAGGCAUCAGGUACUGGAAUGGAAUUGUCCCAGAGCGCUGUCGUCGCCAAUUCAAGGAGGGCAAGGAAUGGAACUGCUUCUUUGGCUACAAAGUGUACCCAACUCUGCGCUGUCCGGUGUUCGUGGUGCAGUGGCUGUUUGAUGAGGCCCAGAUGACUGUGGACAAUGUACACCUCACAGGACAACCAGUGCAGGAGGGGCAGUGGCUGUACAUUCAGAACCUGGGCCGUGAGCUGCGCAGCACGCUCAAAGAUGUACCGGCCAGCUUUGCCCCUGCCUGCCUCUCCCACGAAAUCAUCAUCCGGAGCCACUGGACAGACAUCCAGGUGAAGGGGACCUCGCUGCCACGGGCACUGCACUGCUGGGACAGAAGCCUCCAUGACAGCCACAAAGCCAGCAAAACCCCCUUGAAGGGAUGUCCCUUCCACUUGGUGGACAGCUGCCCCUGGCCCCACUGCAACCCCUCAUGCCCCACCAUUCGGGACCAGUUCACAGGGCAAGAGAUGAAUGUGGCCCAGUUCCUCAUGCACAUGGGCUUCGAUGUGCAGACGGUGGCCCAGCAGCAGGGACUGGAGCCCAGCAGGCUGCUAGGAAUGCUGAGUAGUGGAAGCUAG